AUGCUUGUGAAAAAUUUAAAUUCAGGUGAUAAGAUUGGAUCGACAUUUGAUAUUGAAAAUGGCUUAAUUGGAUCACCAGAAAUAACUUGCAAUCCUAGUACAAUUGAAUUGGCUUUCAAAACCAAACGAGUAUUUAAGGGUAAAGUUUUUGUCAAAGGUCACUACAGCAAUCCAAACUGUCGGGUUGAUUACGAUAGGGUAAGCUUAGAUGGAAAGCAUCCAGUUGGAGGCAUAAGGUUAAGUCAUGGACAAUGUGAUAUGAACAGACAGCGAACUAUUCAACCUGGAGGAAUGCAAUUUUCAACUGUGCUUGUUAUAAGCUUUCAUCCGCUAUUCAUAACAAAACUUGAUCGAGCUUUUCACAUCAAAUGUUUGUAUCGAGAAACCAUAAAAGCAGUAACCUCUCAGCUUGAAGUUAGUACGAUGGCAACACAGUUAUUAGAUUACGAUUAUCCAUUACCUAAUUGUAUGUAUACAAUUCGUAAAGAUGAAAUUGAUGGGCCAAUCUUGAAAUAUGCAAGAGUUGGGGAUCAAAUUGUACAUCGAUGGGAGUGUCAGUCAGAUAUUUAUGGUUUGUUAGUACAUAAUUGUCACGUGGAAGACGGGCAAGGUGAAAAGCAAGUAGUCAUAGAUGGAAAUGGAUGUCAUACAGAUCGGACACUUUUGGGUGAUCCUACAUACGUGGAAUCAUUGAAUCUUGCAUAUCGCGAAUCGUUGGUAUUUAAAUUUGCUGAUCGGGUUGUAGUUCGGUUUCAGUGUCAAAUUCGAUUAUGUAUCAAAGAUGCUGGUGGUUGUGCUGGUGUUACACCACCACUUUGUUCUGCUGCUGAAGAAGAAAACGAAGAAUUAUUGUAUACAAGAAGAAAUGAACCAUUUUUGCAUUAUUCUAUGGAUUUCGACAAUAUUACUGAACCAAAAAGACGUCGUUUGAUUCGAUCAGCAGCAUCAAAUAAUCCCAAGAUUGUUGUUGAUGCUGAUCUAAUAUCGCAGUCGCUGUAUGUGUUAGAUGCAGACGAUGGAGACACAAGUGGACAAAAUGCUGAAAAAUUGGACCAAAAAAUAUCUGAUGUAUGCGUUGGUAACACAAUAUUUGUGGUACUUAUAUGCUUACUAAUUUUUUCAUUAUCGGCUCUUAUCUCAAGUUCAGUCUGGGUUCUGUAUAGAUGGCUUAGGUAUACUUUGGAUAUUCUUUAA